AUGGCUGCUCCGUUCCCGUCUCCAACCUCAAAGUGGCACACGGACACAUAUCCAUCUUUGUCCCCUACACGCCCAGAGCUUUCAGCCAAGGGAAAAAAGGUGUUGAUCACAGGGGGCGGCACCGGUAUUGGUGCCGAGACUUCUCGUCACUUUGCAGCAGCAGGGGCGUCAAGGAUCGCCAUUCUUGGUAGACGUAAAGAACCCCUUCUCGACACAAAGGCCUCUAUCGAGAAUCAAUUCCCUGGCGUUGAUGUUUUCGUCGCCUCUACCGAUGUCACCAACAAGAGUGAGGUCGAUGCUGCCUUCAAGAACUUUGUCGGAGAAGGAAAGCUGGAGAUUUUGGUUCACGCUGCGGCAACCAUUGGUCCCAUUGAUGCUCUUGAACUCGUCGAGCCCGAACCAUUCUUGGAGGGCAUCCAGUCUAACCUUCAGGGGUCGUUAUAUGUUGCACAGGCCUUUCUUCGCCACGCCUCGAAAGAUGCUGUGGCAAUUGAGGUAAACUCAUCUGCAGCACAUAUAAACUUCGCCCCAAAGUUUGUUUCGUAUAGUGUUGCAAAACUGGCGCAAUACCGACUCUGGGAUGCAGUGGCCUUUGCGAACCCGGAAAUGAGCGUUUUCCACGUUCAGCCGGGUGUUGUGGACACUGACAUGAACAAGGCUGCCGGAGGUGUCAAAGCCAUUGGGAUAGAAGAUCAAGUGGCUUUACCAGCCAGCUUCCACGUUUGGCUGGCAAGCCCAGAAGCGCGUUUUCUCAAGGGCAAGUUUGUGUGGGCAAAUUGGGAUGUGGACGAGCUCAAGGCGCAGGCGGAACAGAUUGCUGCAAGCACCCAGCUCAAUAUAGAUCUUGUUGGUUGGCCAUUUGGCGAGGCCAGUCACAAGUCUCUCACCACCAGAUGGGCGUUCUAG